AGGCGGCUUCAUGCACUGUAUCUUAUAUAUGACUUAUUCUUCUCUGCAUUACAUUACACUUCUAACUUCAUUUUACAUAACUAGACUUAAGUAAAAUGGAGCCGUGGAAAGACUUGAGCGGAAAAGUAGUGAUGGUGACAGGGGCGUCAUCAGGAAUCGGGCUAGAGUUCUGUCUCGACUUGGCCAAAGCCGGUUGCAGGAUCGUUGCUGCCGCUCGUCGUGUUGACAGACUGAAAUCUCUGUGCGACCAAAUUAAUAGUCAUUCAGGGGGACCCACACGUGCAGCCGCCGUUGAGCUUGACGUGGCUGCCGAUGGUGCUACAAUUGAGUCCGCUGUACAAAUAGCUUGGGACGCCUUCGGACGUAUCGAUGCCUUGGUUAACAAUGCCGGCGUUAGAGGUAGUGUGAGCUCUUCGGUGGAAUUGACAGAGGAGGAGUGGAACCAUACAUAUAACACAAAUCUAAAAGGGGCAUGGCUGGUCUCGAAAUAUGUUUGUAAACGCAUGAGCGAUGCUAAACAGGGCGGAGGAUCUGUUAUUAACAUCACUUCAAUUGCUGGUCUGAAUCGUGUAGUAGUACCGGGGACUGUUGCUUACGCUUCUUCAAAGAUGGCUCUUGACAUGGUCACUAAGAUUAUGGCGAUUGAAUUGGGAGUAGAUAAUAUCAGAGUGAACUCAAUAUCACCGGGAGUUUUCAAAUCAGAGAUAACAGAGAGCCUUAUUCAACAGAAAUGGUUCCAUAAGUUCCUUUUCAGAACGCUUCCUCAGAGAUAUCUUGGGACUACAGAUCCGGGCUUAACGUCACUCAUCCAGUACUUAAUCCAUGAUUCUUCGGAAUAUGUAACGGGCAAUGUUUUCAUAGUCGAUGGUGGAGCUACUUUAGUAGGUGUCCCCAUCUUCUCGUCACUCUAGAACUUAGCUCAUGAAGUUUAAUUAACGCGAACAUAGAAUAAUGCAUGUGCACGGUUGAGAGAACCCCAUGAUCCUUCCAUAUGGAAAAAAGAAGGCGAACACGAAUUCUGAAAAGCGGUUCAUGGGGACACCCAAGAAAGGGAUAGAGAGCGUGGAACAAGAUAUGGACAUGUCAGAGAAAUAAAGUAAUAAUGUUGGUUUUUUCUCCUUGUGUUAAAUUACUAUAUUGUACGUUCAAUUCUCGAAGCAAGCGAAAUGAAUCUUUAUAUUA